GUUUAGAUCAGUUUAGAUAUGACGUACAGCAGGACGGCCGCAACAGACCAUAUUGCCUUCGCAACCGCCUCCGAAACGCUUAAAUCCGAAUCAACAAACGCCAAUAAUAAUUGUUUCGACGCGAGUGACUUUUUGUGAUUGUUUAAAUGUGCUAUACUUGGCGCACCACGGCUCGCCGGCAUGUGUCGUUGGAUAUUUCGCUCGCUCGCGCUCCUUUGCAUCAUACACACGCUCAUAGCGGCUGAUGAAAUAUCAAUAACAACUGUAGCACCUGAUGGUAAUCUGGAUGUUGGAAUCACAGACAUUGCCAAGGAGACUGAUGCUAGAUUGUUGUUAUUCAGCACACUCAAUGGCAAUCUGUAUGCUAUUGACCAGGAAACUGGAAGUGUAAAGUGGAAAAUUAGAGAUAGACCAAUAAUAACCGUUCCAAAAGACGGUGUCGAUGCCUUAAACUCCGUGUUUUUACCGGAUCCAAAAGAUGGAUCGCUUUAUGUUAUCACCAACACCAAAGAACGCAUCAAAAAGCUUGGUUUCACCAUUCCGGAACUAGUAACGAGUUCACCAUGUCGAAGUUCCGACGGUAUCCUAUACACUGGCAAGAAAAAAGACACAUGGUUUAUGUUGGACCCCAAAACGGGCAAUCGCCAACAAAUUCUCGGCUGGGACAUCCUACACGGUCCAACAUGCCCCGUGCAGACCCCCGACGCGAUUUACAUCGGUCGCACCGAGUACAGUUUACGUAUGGUCGACUCAAAACAGUCGAAUCGUCGAUGGAAUGUCACAUUCUACGAAUAUGCGGCUGUCCCAAUGGAUAAAGACACCGCAGCAUUGUAUGAUUUUCUGCAUUUUACUAGCAGCAGCACCGGAGUGGUUUUAACACUUGAUCGUCGACGUGGUUCGAUUGUAUGGGAGAAAAACUUUGAUAGUCCUGUCAUCGGUGCCUAUAUCCUUGACCCUGAUGGGUUGAUAUCUCUGCCGUUUACAUCGUUAUCGAAUCAAACACUGUUGAACUUUGCUAAUAAUCUACUGGAAGAAGAACGCGGUAAUAUGAAUGCGCAACAAAUGAAACUCUAUCCAACUUUAUACAUUGGCGAACACCCGGAGGGUUUAUAUGCGUUGCCGUCGUUUGUGGAUCAAAACAUGGUGACGAUAACAAACGCCGACGGACGUCCGUUGCUUCUUGAAGGUCCGGACGGUGAGCACAGGCCGUCUGGUGUUAUUAUUGAUUAUCCUCUGCCUGGACAAGAUUAUCCUCUACCUCAUGACGCAAUAAUGGACACAAUGACAUUCCAAAGCGUGCCUACACAUUCGAAAUCGUUCAGCAUCAUCUACCUCGGUCAUUAUGACCUGCCAAAGUACGCCAAUGAGAAGUUUUUACUUCCCGGGCAGCCUAUCAACGGAAAAUUGCUCACAGACGAGAGUAAAAUUAAUCUACCAAGGGCGAAACCCAUCUACGAUGCGCGUUUCCCUUGGUUACAAAUGGCAUUCAGUUUUCUCACCACUAUUUUAGUGACGGUGCUUACGAUGCAGGCGUGUUUGAAGUAUAGCAGUCGCGAAAUCACGGAAAAAGUCUCAGUUGAAACUCCAGACGGUUGUGUGCGGAUUGGUAAGAUCAGUUUCAACAAGUGUCAAUUGCUCGGCAAGGGCUGUGAAGGGACAUUUGUGUACCGCGGUGAGUUUGAGGGACGCAGAGUGGCUGUAAAGCGAUUAUUGCCGGAGUGUUUUGACUUUGCUGAUAGAGAAGUAGCGCUUUUGCGCGAAAGCGACGCGCAUCCGAACGUUGUGCGCUAUUUUUGCACUGAACAAGACCAGCAGUUUCGUUACAUUGCGUUGGAAUUGUGUCAGGCGACUCUCAACGAGUACAUUAGCAAUGGCGUGAGUGUGCCGAUUGGUAAAUUAGAGAUUUUGCAACAGGCGACUGCCGGUCUUGCGCAUCUGCAUUCGUUAGACAUUGUGCAUCGUGACAUUAAACCGCAGAAUGUUUUGUUGUCGGUGACUGGACCAAACGGGCGUGUGCGCGCGAUGAUUUCCGAUUUUGGCCUUAGCAAAAAACUACAACUAGGUAAAGCUAGUUUUUCGAAACGCUCGGGACUCACAGGUACUGAAGGGUGGAUAGCACCCGAGAUGCUUCGCGAGGGUGAAAGCAUCACGUGCGCAGUUGAUCUGUUUUCGUUCGGGUGUUUGUUUUAUUACGUUCUGAGCGAUGGCGGCCAUCCGUUUGGGGAUAGUCUGCAUCGCCAGGCGAAUAUUCUUGAGAAUUGUUGGUCAAUGGACGAGUUUGUUGACUCCAUUGAUAAGAUUCAACUAUAUAAACUGUUACUGACGAGUCUGAUUAGUAACCGGCCUAAUGAACGACCAGAUUGUCGUGUGAUUUGUGGCCAUCCAAUGUUUUGGAGCAAUCAGACGGUGCUGGCGUUCUUUCAAGACGUGAGCGAUCGCGUUGAGAAGUCAGACGCGACCGAUCCUGUCCUGUUGGCGCUGGAAGCAAAUUCGCAGUUUGUUGUUCGCGGUGAUUGGAAGCAUCACAUCGAUCAGGAAGUUUCCUCGGAUCUCAGAAAAUAUCGAAAUUAUAGAGGGAAUUCUCUUAGGGAUCUUUUACGGGCAUUAAGGAACAAAAAACAUCACUAUCAUGAACUAACACGUGAAUCGCAAGUCCUGCUCGGUGAGAUACCGGAAAAGUUCACGAUGUACUGGACAACGCGUUUUCCUCUUUUGCUUGUCCACACCUGGGUCGCAAUGCAGAUGAUUUGCGACGAGGAUAAUUUCAAGCAGUAUUACUUUGAUUUUAUAUUUCCUAACAGUAGCGUCGAUUACCAACUAGGCGCUGAGGACGCUGAAAAGUUCAAAUUUGAAAAUGUUGACGCUUGGAAAACAAGCAAUACAAGUGAUACAACACAAAAUGGUGAAGCAAUCGGUCUGUAUCGCCUCUCACCUCAAAAACGUGAUAGUACAAACGCCAACCGCUACAAUCCUAACCGCCGACGCGGGCAAGGCUACAGAAAGAACAGCAACAAGAAAGAAGAGAAAUCUGAAGCCGCAUCGCCCGUCUGGCUCCUACCGCCAAACAACCCCGACAAUUGAGUUUGUUUUAUCCUCGUUGAGGCGUUCUUCGAAAGGUGAGUGCAACUUUUAUUCCUAGACCUAAGAAAUUAACCACUGUGAUAUGCCUGCUAAAAAAAUUGUGUCGUACUUUAUAUUUUCGUCGAGUUUUAUACCGAGCUUAUCGGAGUGAUGCCGGAGUGUUUACACUUUUGUUUGCAAACUGUUUGAGGUAUUCAUUGCCAGCGUACAACAGUCGCACGCAUGGUAAAUGCUUUAAAUUUAAAUUAAAUGCACACACACACACAACACCACACUACAAUUAAAGUUAAAUUAAUUAAGCGCAAGUGAUGUUUGCCUAGCAUUUUAUAAAUUUUCUAUAAGAUCAUGAUAGAGUAAUAUAUUAUAACCGGUGGUUAUUAAUUCUGUUAUAUUAAAUUGAUUACAUCAAAGAGUUUAUUGUUAAGUAAAAUAAAAUGAAAACAUAAACAAA